CCGAUUAAUCAUUUCGUGAUUAAGCCGUCAGGAAUUUUUUUAUUUGCAGAAUGAACGCCCUCUACUUGGCGCUGGUCAUUUUUGAAAUUAUCCUCUAUCGUGAUGUAGAUGCUCAACGAAGUAAAGAAGCCGCUCAUCGUCCCGCUCCUCCUCCAUUCCUUCGAACUGUCAAUGCCAAGGGCAAAAGGGAAUAUUAUGAAAUUCUAAAGAAGAAGGAUGAGACGAUUGCUGCACAGAAAGAAGAAAUUCUUCGAUGGGCCGAAACUUAUGGCGUCGAGGACCAAGUGAGAUCAUUCGAGGCCAAUAUUACAAAACACAAAGAAGAAGUGCAAUCUAAAGUUACUGAACUAUUAGAUAGGCUGCCAGUUCUCUAUAAAGAGAUUCUUGCGGUCUACAACAAUGAGGAUCAAACCGCAGCUGAAAAGAAAGAGGAAUUGGACAAAAUCAGACUUGCGAAUCAGAAGGAAUAUAAUGUCAUACUAUUUGCCACAUCACAAUUCCGGCCAAAACGAAGCGGACCAGUGAGACAAGCGCAGCGGGGGCGACGCGAUACGAUCGAGAAGAGAAGUCAGGACUUCAUCGAUCGGUUGGAUUGAAUUAACGAACGUCAUCCAUAAAUAAUAUUCACUCUUUGAUUUGAAGAUUUCUUCCGCUUAAUUUUUAUUGUCGACUAAAUGUGACAAUAAAGUCCUUUGUAUCAGCCUCAACUUAUUGUUUACAUUCCAUAAUGUCCAC